AUGGAAGAACUUCAGCCACCACUCCAUAAACCAUAUACUUACGAUGACUACGACGAAGUGUCCCUGUUCGAUUGUGCAUCUAUAGAAUCGCCUUCCCUGGCUGCAUCCAUUUUCGAUGAACUUGUCUUCACUAAUAAGCUAGACUUACACAAAUUUCUAGAUGACAUGGCCACAUUUCAUGAUUGCAUUGAUGAUAGGUUUAACGGCAUGACAAAAAGAAUAGAAUCCUUAGCAUCGAAUUGUCUCCGACAUAGACAAUUGUUAGAAUCAUCCUUAAGCAAGAGCGAUGCCAUGUCAGCUCUGCUUGAAGUCAUGAGAAGCCAAGUGGAUCAUUGCUUACAAUAUAUCAGGCCUGAAAAGGAGCCUGAAUUGAUUGAAGUCAAAGUGAUCCCUUCGCCCCCUCCCAUUUACUCUUCGGAGUACAUCGACAACUACAUGAAGAAGAACCAAAACGAGUCUUCCUACAAAGCCAUUGUUGCAAUCGUUGCAAUGCUACUAUACGUGGUCUUUAUCCGUGACCGAAGCGAAUGA